UCCACGUAUGCAAAUUAAAUCAGCCAAUAAGGACUAUUUUUUCUGCCACGUCUGCUAUUUUAGCCCAAACUUCACAUCGAAAUCAACUUCUGUGAUUCAUCUUCCUCGAUUCCCAGCCGUUUUUUUCUUUCUUCAGUUUUCAUUCUUCAACGCCUCCUACCUAAUUAGGGUGUGGAAGAGCCGUCUCUUCUCUUCAUCUCUUCGUCUCUUUUUUUUUUUGCUCAAACAUUUCUCGGUCUCUAUCUCUUCCUCUCGGUCUCUCUCUCUAUGUCUCUCUCCCGAUGAUGAAUCCACAAGGCCAUCCCGAACCUGAUUCUGGACCUCCUCAGACGAUACCUUCGAGUCGGCGGGUGUUGAGAUGAGGAAUGGUGAAGAAACUAAAUGUGGUUUGGUGGGUUGAUUGAAAAGUUAAGGUCUUUUGAUCCUGUUUCGUGUUCUAAUUCUCUGUAGUUAAGGUUUUUUACUGAGAAAAUGUUUUGGGUGAUGCAGAUCUUUGAUAGUUUUCAGAGAAGUAUCAACUUUACCAGGUUGUGAGCUAAGAGGUGAUAAGCAAUACAAUCUCCAGAUGCUGAAAGAACGUUACCAGAUUGGUCAGACCAGAUUGAGGCGUUGUAUCAGUACGCCAAGUUUCAGUUUGAAUGUGGGAAUUAUUCAGGUGCUGCUGAUUAUCUUUCCAGUACAGGACUAUUUGCUCUAACCUUGAGAGAAGUAUGAGUGCCUUGUGGGGGAAGCUAGCAUCUGAGAUAUUGAUGCAGAACUGGGACAUUGCACUUGAAGAGCUCAACCGUCUCAAGGAUAUUAUUGACUCAAAGGCUCCAUCGGAGACACGGAAGCAUUUUUCGAAGACUAUAAGGGCGUUGUGUAACUCGGAUGUUAAAGAAGGCUUUGUCUUUGGAAAUGACACAUCUCUACCGGAGACAUACGUUAGAGAUCCCAAGAAACCACUAAGUAACAUCGGUGGCAAGUCUGCGUCCAAAAGGCCAACAGUAGCUUUCUUUGCUGGUCAACCCGAUCACGGGUACGUUAGGCCAAUACUACUCUCUUACUGGGGUAACAACAAAGAUCCUUACCUGAAAAUAUUCGGGAAGCUUCUGAGGUCUAAAGGAAACAAGAACUAUCUUCAGUUCAUGAAGACGAGCAAGUACUGCAUUUGCGCUUAAGGGUAUGAAGUGAACAGCCCUAGGGUGGUGGAGGCUAUUUUCUAUGGUUGUGUUCCAGUAAUCAUAUCUGAUAACUUGUGCCACCUUUCUUCGAGGUUUUGAAGUGGGAGUCGUUUGCGGUUUUUGUGUUGGAGAAAGAUAUACCCAACUUGAAGAAGAUUUUGAUGUCUAUAUCGGAACGUAGGUACAAGCAAUUGCAGAUGAGAGUGAAGAGAAUGCAGAAGCUUUUUUUGUGGCAUGUGAAGCCUGAGAAGUAUGAUAUGUUUCACAUGAUUCUUCAUUCUGUUUGGUUUAACGGAGUUUUCCAAAUUUCGGUUUAGAAGUUCUUUAUCAAACAAACAAUUCAUUUAUACAUUUUUUUCACACGAUAAAUCCAAUAGGGGUUUUAAAUUAAAAAAAAUUCCAUUGACA